AAUGUCAUUGCCUCGAAAGCUUCUGAAAAAGCGUGUUUUCCCUGUGGUGUUUUCCAUUGAAAAGUGUAAAUGUAUUGUAAAAUAGCAAAAUAUGUGUUGUAAAUAUUGAUUAUUAUAGAUCUCGUGCGUAGUCGUUAAUAUGGCUCGCCACCGUAAUGUAAGAAAUAAUAGUUAUUCUGACGAUUUUGAUUACGAUGAUGUUUAUGGACAUUCCGUGGAAGACGACAGCUGUUUAUCACCUAGUGAUACUGCACAAUUUAUAUACGAUAGAUCGCGAAAUCAGCAAGCCAUAGCUCACUUCCUGGAAAGCCACAAUAAUAUUCAAGAAGAGAUUGAGGAUGAGGUGGACGAUAUAUCACAUCCACCGCUUGAAAGACGUGAGUCUUUGGAUCUCCGCAAUCUGAAGCUAAGUGAAAAUGACGAAGCUCGUCUUAUGUCGUGUCUUGAUGAACUACGAAACGUUUUAGGUGAUAGUAUAUCUGAUACUGUGCUUAUUGAUACUGUUCUGAGUAAUAAUUUUGAUUUUAACAAGGCUUUAGAUGAACUGCUUAAUAAAAAAGAUAAUGAAAAUGAAAAACUGAAAAAUGAUUCUUUAAAACAACCAUCAAUAGUUCAUGUUAAUCCAAAUAUACAACCAAUGUCUUCUAAUAAAACACCUAAAGUGAUUUCCACAAUGCUUGAGCCUAAAACUACUGCUUACACCAAGGGGUUUAAAGUUCAGAAAAGCAAUAGCUCUGACAAUGCCUCACAGACACCUAGAGAACAAUCUCCUGUCUCAGAGAGACCUUCUACUCCUCGGAUAGAAAAUGAAACUAAAGUUAUGCAGAAAGUAAAAGAGAACAAACUCGAUCCCAAAAAACAAUACUCAAAUGAAAGAGGAUCAGACAAAGACCAUUUGUAUAUGGUUGUAAUAGGGCAUGUAGAUGCUGGAAAAUCAACACUGAUGGGUAGGUUGCUCUGUGAACUUGGAGAAGUGAGUCAGAAAACUCUGCAUAAGUAUGAACAAGAAAGCAAAAAGAUUGGUAAGCAAAGCUUCAUGUAUGCUUGGGUUUUAGACGAAACAGGAGAAGAACGUGUGAGAGGCAUUACAAUGGACGUGGGAAGAGCUCAGCUUGAAACUAAAACAAAAAAAGUAAUUGUACUUGAUGCACCUGGCCAUGCAGAUUUUAUUCCAAAUAUGAUAACAGGAGCUGGUCAAGCUGAUGUAGCAUUAUUAGUAGUUGACGCUACAAGAGGAGAAUUUGAGUCAGGUUUUGAACUAGGUGGCCAAACUCGUGAGCAUGCCUUGCUUGCCAGAUCCCUUGGUGUCAAUCAGCUUGCAGUUGCCAUAAACAAAUUGGAUACCACAAAUUGGUCCCAAGAAAGGUUUAAUGAAAUAUCGAAGAAGUUAAAAGCAUUUUUGAAACAAGCUGGCUUUAAAGACUCUGAUGUCAUGUAUGUGCCUUGCUCGGGACUUACAGGUGAGAAUCUAGUGAAGUCUCCAAGUGAGCCAGAAUUGGUUAAAUGGUACCAAGGGCCAUGUUUAUUAGAUGUGAUUGAUAAAUUUAAUGUACCCGAGAGACCUGUCUCUAAACCUUUGAGGAUGUCUAUUAAUGAUGUAUUUAAAGGGACAGGAUCUGGAUUCUGUGUGGCUGGACGCAUUGAAAACGGUGUGCUCAAUAAGGGUGAUAAGGUAUUAGUGUGUCCUACUAAAGAAAUGGCUGAGGUGAGGAGUAUCAGUAUCAAUGAUAUGUCAAACAAUGUAGCCUUUGCUGGAGACCAAGUCAGUGUGACAUUAUCAGGAAUUGAUAUGCAAAAUGUCUCUGUCGGUUUCAUUCUGAGUGAUCCUGUACAGCAGGUACCAAUAACAACAAAAUUUGAAGCUAGAUUAGUUGUGUUUAAUGUUAAAGUUCCUGUAACAAAAGGUUUCCCUGUUCUUAUACAUCAUCAAUCUCUAGUAGAAUCAGCAAAUAUCAUAAAGUUGAAGUCUUUGUUAAAUAAGAGCACAGGCGAGGUAAUGAAAAAGAAACCCAGGUGUUUGGGCAACAAUUCUGUAGCAGUUGUAGAUAUUGAAGUAAGUAGACCAAUUUGUUUAGAGCGCUACAAAGAUGUGAAAGAACUUGGUCGUGUUAUGCUUCGUGUGUCAGGUGUUACAAUAGCUGCUGGUCUGGUCACAGAUAUUUACAAUACUUGAUCGAUCUGAAACAUGUAUAACACUUAAGCACAGAAUUCACUAGUAGGCAUACUUGCAGGCAAGUCUGGAGAUGCUACUAUAGGUCUGUGUAAUGACUGCGAUGGUCCUACACUAGUUAACACUUCACCAGUUUGCCAGCGGGCAUGCCCACUAGGGAAUUCCCUGCUUAAUGGGUAGGUGCAAGUCUAACGGAAGAUGCGUUGCGUCGGUAUGAAAAUAUACUUCCGAAAGGCGUUUGAUCGACUUCCUUUAGAUUUGUACUGGCCCUAACAGAAUUAAUGGAACGGUGUUAAACUAUCGAAAAAAUAUAUUGCUUUGUACCAUAUAUUGAUUUAAAUGUUUAUUCAGAUUAGGCAAUAAAUGUUAUUGGCAUCUUAAUCUAUCAUAGAUUAUUCUAGGAUUUGUUGAUGUGUUUGUGUCAGGCAAAUGAGUAGAUUAUAAAAAUUGCCUUCUUCAAUUGCAAAGGAGAUUCCUGUUAUUCCGCACAAUGCUAUUAAAAUGUACAAUAAUGUAUCGUGCUAUAACAAAUCGUUAUAAUUGUGAAUGAUUAUUUAUUUUAUUAAAAUAACUAAUAAAAUGACAUGGUAGUUUUUUUU